UCCGUCCCCAGAUCGAAACCGUUCAAACCGCGCGCCGACUCUCACUCUCGUCACAACUUUUGCUGUUUUCAGCUGUAUAUCUGAUGGAUUCCAAGUUGACAGAGAUCCCUCGUGAUCAGUGGACAAUCUUGAGGGAUUUGUAUGCCGGCGAUCGCACAAAUCUCACCGGCUAUGACCUAAUAGAAUACUUUAUAAACUGGACACCAAUCGAUAGUGAUGAAACGAUCAAGAUCUAUACGACCGAUCUUGAUUUUCCGGAACAUGGCAGAUAUAUUUUAAUUCAUGCUGUGGCCAAGAAGGCGUAUGUCUAUUUGAAUACUGUAAAAGAAUCUCUGGAGGAACUGCAAUCCGCGCUGUGCUCUUUGAAUCUACAAACUUGGCAUUUGAUCUGUGGCUAUGACGAACGGCUAAAGCCCAUUGUUGAGCAUUAUUGGGCAGCAAGGGGACAUCCAUGUAAACUGGUACAUCAGGGCACUCUUGUCUACCAUUUACCCAAAUCCGAAAUCAAGAAAUUUCCACGAACAGAUACUCCCUCAUUUUAUUGCCGUAGGCUUGAGCCCAUCGAGGCCGGAAUGGUGGAUAAGCACUGGCCCUAUCGCUCUGCUGAUUCUCUGGAACUGAUAACAGGGUUCAUCAAGAACAAUAUUAGUGCCGGCUUCUAUGAGACUGGAAGUCUGCACGGCUGGUGCCUCAGAUCUCCCCAUGGGAGCAUGAGCAACCUGCAUGUCUUACCCGAGUACAGACGUGCGGGAGUGGGUUCCAUGAUAGUUCGUUUCAUCGCCGAAUUAAUUGCCGCCUCGGGCUCUGAAGUUCUGGCCACGGUUGUUCCUGAGAAUGAGAAAUCACGCAAAAUGUUUGAGAAACUUGGCUUUCACGUUAUCAAUGCAUUGUAUUGGUCGGUAAUGCCAGAAUCCCAGAUGCAGACAGAUGAAUAACAUUUCAAUAGAUUGAAAUACA